AUGGAGAAGUUGGGGUUGGCGGCGAGGGCCAAGGGGUCCAGUGCGGCAGAAAUCGAACAAGUAGCUGUAUCCUCCGCUGCUGUUUUAUCAUCCGGUUCGGCACCCCCGGCUCAAACCCCGCCCAUCUUGCCCGCCGAUGCCGGGACUCAGUCCCCGGCGCCCUCCGCAGCCUCGGACUCCAAGUCCGGAUUUACCUCCCGUAUCAUCCUCACCACCUAUCCGAACCAGAUUGGGAUCAACCCACUGCCCAUGGAAUGGGGUGCCGCGGACCCUUUGCAGAGAGGCCCCGUGACUGUGUCCAGGGCUCCGUCCACGAUCCGGAGGCGAAAUGCGAUCGGAGCUCAUGGGGGGUCUUACUCGAUUUACUACGCCUUGGCCUUGGCCAGUAAGGAAUUGGAUCCAGACCACAAGCCGGAUUUCACAAACACGGAGCCGGCCGCCGAUAUUGGCCCUUUUCCGCAGUGGGCGGACAAGAAGAAGAUUGUCUCGAUGGACCCGUUGGGACAUCUCGUACCGUGGACCUUCAAGGAUAUCAUACAGAAGGAGAAUGUUGAUCUCCGCCCAACAAUUGCGAUUACAAAGGCGCAUAUGAAGUUACCCGAGCUCGAAGAGAGCGUCCGCAGUGGACGACUUGUCCCCGACGGAAAGGUCUGCUUGAACUCGUCCGGGGAGCUCAACGUGACCAAGGUUGCCGUGGAGCCAGUCUGGUAUCUACCGGGAGUCGCAGAGCGGUUCGGCAUUGACGAAGGCACCCUUCGAAGGUCCCUUUUCGAGCAUACUGGCGGCAUGUAUCCUGAAUUGAUUACUCGUAGCGACAUCAAGGUAUUCCUGCCGCCGAUUGGCGGCUUAACUGUCUAUUGCUUUGGCGACCCAGCCAAGAUGUCUGCUCCUGAGUCGAAGCUGGCAUUGCGGAUCCAUGAUGAGUGUAAUGGAAGUGAUGUCUUCGGCUCCGAUAUCUGCACGUGCAGGCCGUACUUGAUAUUUGGUAUCGAGGAGGCUGUCAAGGAGGCCCAGAACGGUGGCAGCGGCGUUGUUAUCUACUUCCGCAAGGAGGGUAGAGCUUUGGGUGAAGUUACCAAGUAUCUCGUCUACAAUGCGCGGAAGCGAGGGGAAGAUAGGGCGUCGGAUUACUUCAAGCGGACCGAGAACAUCGCCGGUGUCAAGGACAUGCGAUUCCAGGCUUUGAUGCCGGAUAUCCUCCACUGGCUUGGCAUUACCAAGAUUGAUCGGAUGCUCAGUAUGAGCAACAUGAAACACGAUGCCAUCGUAGGCCAGGGUAUCCCCAUUCUCGAACGAGUCGAGUUGCCGGAAUCCUGGAUCCCCGCCGAUUCGCGAGUCGAGAUCGAUGCGAAGAUUACGGCUGGUUAUUUCACGGCGGGCCACCGAAUGACUGCUGAAGAACUCGAGGCCGUCCAGGGCCGGACAUGGGAGGAGUAA